GAUGGAGAAAAGGAGAGAGAAGUGGAGGGGGGAGGCAGGAAAAUAGAGGUGGACCUAGUCUGGAAAGGCCUGACGGAUCUGGUUGUUGUAGAACUCUGGUUUCAAACACUAAUCCUGAAAGCUGGUUUAUUUCUUCUUUUUAAAAGGAGAUCUGUUUCACGGGGCUGCUGGUCCUAUGCUUCGGAUGGAAACAAUAAAGGUUGAUGAUGUCAAAAAAUCUUUCCAAAGAAAGACAGCUCCAACUAAAGUGGCUGAUUGGGUGGAGCCAUCUUUUAGUGAUUUCUGUAAAAAUACAAAGACAUCAUCUAGCAUUCUUUAUAAAACAGCACCUACGGGCACCAACCACUGCCAAAAGAGAAAAGAGCGUUUUCCUCUGUUAGACAGUUGCAAGAGUGAGAAGAAAAAAAGAAAACCACUUUCUACAGAUGAGAGACACAAAUUUCCCAAACAAAAGCACAAUCAAAUUGAAACUUGGGUGGAUAAAUACAAACCCAAAACUCAGAAUGAACUUGCCGUGCACAAAAAGAAAAUUGAAGAAGUUGAAGCAUGGCUAAAAAGCCACAUAUUUCAAAGACAGCCUAAACAGGGAGGCUCUAUUUUAUUAUUAACUGGUCCGCCAGGAUGUGGAAAGUCUGCAACUGUGGAAAUACUAGCCAAGGACCUUGGCUUUCAAGUUCAAGAAUGGAUAACUCCUAUAUCACUGGACUUUGCAAAGGAUGACUUUCAUUAUGCUUUGAACCAUGAAGCUGAUUUUCAAGCACUUCCUUAUCAGAGCCAGACAGCCAUCUUCCAAGAAUUUCUGUUAAGAGCAAACAAAUAUCCCCGGCUCCAUCUGGUUGGAGAAUCCAUAGAAACUGACAAAAAGUUUAUUCUUGUGGAAGAUAUGCCAAAUCAUUUUUGUCGUGAUCCUGGCAGUUUGCAUGAAAUUUUACGGAGAUUUGUACGGACAGGCAGGUGUCCUCUUGUAUUUAUAAUAUCAGAUAGCUUCAGUGGAGCCAGCAACCAAAGGUCUCUAUUCCCAAAGGAGAUUCAAGAAGAGCUAUGCAUAUCUAACAUUAGUUUUAACCCAGUGGCUCCAACAAUAAUGAUGAAAGUUCUAAAUCGAAUAACUGCAAUGGAGAACAGUAAGAGUGAUGAAAAAAAUGAUGUCCCUGAUAAAGCCACAUUAGAGUUGAUUUGUAAAGGAUGUUCAGGUGAUAUUAGGAGUGCAAUAAACAGUCUUCAGUUUUCUUCUUUAAAAGUGUACUUGUCAGAGAACAUCUUCUGGUCACAGAGAAAGGGGGAUUGUACUUUAAAAUGUGAUACACUUUCUAAAGUAAAGAAGAAAAAGAAAUCUAGUAGCCCUUUACAAAACCAAGAGGUACAAGCUAUUGGUGGCAGAGAUGCUUCUAUCUAUCUUUUCCAUGCUUUGGGAAAAAUACUUUAUUGCAAAAGAGAACCAGCAACAGAGUCAGACUUUCCUCAGUUGCCUGCUCAUUUAUCAGAAUAUGAACGAAAUCACUUACUUGUUGAACCUGAGGAUGUCAUAGAAAAAUCACACAUGCCUGGCGACUUAUUUGAUUUAUACCUUCACCAAAACUAUGUAGAUUUUUUCUCUGAUAUAGAUGACCUUGUGAGAGCCAGUGAAUAUUUAAGUAUUGCUGAUUCCAUUUGCAGUAACUGGGAUGCACGACCUACACUCCAGGAUUAUAGUGCAUCAGUGGCCACCAGAGGUGUGAUGCAUUCAAACAGAGCCAGUGCCCAGAAUAGGGGAAAAGGCUUCCGACCACUUCAUAAACCACAGUGGUUCCUAAUCAACAAAAAGUAUCAAGAAAACUGCUUGGCUGCAAAAUCCCUCUUCGCAAGUUUCUGUUCACCACCACUGUGUCUUCAGACUGAGCUAUUACCUUAUCUUGCUCAGUUAACCAAUCCAAUGAGAAACCAAGCUCAGAUUACUUUUAUUCAGGAUGUUGGAAGACUUCCACUACAGAAACGCUUUGGAAGGUUGCAGCUUGAAACUCUUACUGAUAAGGAUUCUACAAUUCACAUCCUGGACAGUGAUGAUGAAGGUGAAUUUGCUGGGGUCAAGUCCACAAGCAUGCUUAUUCAAAUGGAGAAAACAAAAAUCAGUGAGGUGAAUGAGCCAGGUGAAUUGCCCCUUCCUUCCAGUCAAUCUAGUGGACUUGAACUACCAAGCAGUCAGCCUCAGCCUGUUGCAACACAAGCAGUCAUGGAGGAAGAUGAGCUUAACAUAGAAGAAUAUGACAGUGACUGAAAGUUGUAUAAUCUCAACCACAAAGCUGUGAUAGUGUUGAACAAUAUAGUUCUGAUAUUUUAUAAGAAUUCUUAUCAGAUACAGAAUAAAGCCACAGUGUUAACGUUUAUUUUUUCAGACCACACUUGUUACGUGUUGAUACUGGGUAACAACUAAUAUGGAAAAUAUUACAGUGAUGGGUCUCUGCAUUUUUUUUACUCUUCUGAGCAAAAUUUCAAUGAUCCAAGUGUGAAAUUUUGUUACCUACCCAUAAUGUGGUAUGGAAAUCUGUAUUGCAGAGAAAUUUAUUUAUUUCAGAGUUUUUUAAAUGAAAUCUUGUAGCUAUUUGGAGCACAUUGUCAACUGUUUUGUUAACAUUUGAUAAGUCUCACUCUUAUGUUCUGUGACAAAUACUGUACAAAGAGUAUAAGGCCUGCAUUGUACACAAUUUAAAAUGUAUAUAAACCUCUCAAUAAAAUCCUAAAUAAUUAA